CUGCCGAUAUGACUUUACCAAAGAUCAGGGGAACAGUCAGUUGUUAUGUACCAGAUUAUUGUACGGGUAUUGAUUGUUGUGUGGAUGUAGGAAAGAUCGGCAAAUCGUUCCGUAUUUAUGCCUUGUUAGAUGCUUGUAACUGGAAGCUGAGUAUCGGUAUCGAGAGACGAGCCUUUAAUUUCACCAUUAUAGAUUAUGAAUGGGGUGAGAAAAAGACCAUGUCAAUAUUACAAGUCCUCAAAAUGGAGUAUAUCAUUUAUGACUUGCAGGCUGAGAAGAAAUACAUGUUGAAUAUGAACUUAAGUGUAUGUUUUGAGGAAAGUGGGCCAUGUCUUGUUUCUAUACCAGUAUUUGAAAAUACCAAACUCCCUAAACUGGGAUGUGAUUGGACACAAACAAACCUUGAUUUCUCAUUAAGUGAUUUUAAAGCUCAGUAUGAUAUUAGUGGAGCUGUAGAGGGACUACUUCGUGACAAGAUGCUGGAAGCUCUGGGAAUGACACCAUAUCUGAAGACUCCAUCUUGUAGCAGGACAGCAGCGCCAUUUGCUGGGUCGGUAAAUGGAUGGACUAACAGUGUGUAUAUUUUGAAUAUCGUUUGA